AACAUAUUCUGCAUGCCUACGCUUCUUUAGACAUUCUCCUGAUUGAAACUCAGGGUUAUAUGGAAAAAUAUAGGCCAAUCAAUCGCUAAUCUUGGCCACCGGCAAGGAGAAAGAAAGCGGAGGCCCACAAGUAGCCAACAUUUUCUACGCAUCUCGCCGUAAACAGACGGCGCUGGGCUGGAGUGGGCUGCUUUUGCUUUUGCUUCCGCUUCUGCUUCUGCUUCUGGGGUUUUGUGGUAAGAACCGAAAGGAUGCAGAUCUUUGUCAAGACAGUGAGUGGGAAGACCAUAAGCCUGCAAGCGGAGAGCAGUGCCAUUGAUAUUGAGUAUGUCAAGGGACAGGUGCAGCAGAUGGAGGGAGAAGAGUGUGCUGCAAUCAAGUGCAGGAGGAGUCGCAAUGGUAUUUUUCAUGUGGAGAUGUUGGGUAGGAUGCGUGGAGGGACAAUGAUAAAAGUAAAAACUCUCACAGGAAAGGAGAUUGAGAUUGAUAUCGAGCCAACUGAUAGCAUUGAGAGAAUUAAGGAACGAGUCGAAGAAAAGGAGGGCAUACCACCUGUGCAACAGAGGCUUAUUUAUGCUGGAAAGCAGAUGAAUGAUGAUAAAACAGCUCGAGAUUACAACAUUGAGGGUGGCUCGGUUCUUCAUCUUGUGCUUGCCCUGCGUGGUGGCUAUGGUCCAGUUUAAAAAAAUCGUCUAAUUACAACUCUAGUCCUUAUAAGAUCUCGUGAUAUAUAUUGAGCCCUGUUCACUGUCUUUACAUGAAGUCAGGGACCUGUUUAUUCCCUCUUGUUCAAUUACACAUUCUAUUCUGCCUGAAAUAGACGAGAUCCAACUGUUUGGGUAGAUUCUUUUUGUACGUUUUUGUGGAACCUAGAAUUGCAUUUGAGCUCCUGGUCUCUUUUGAUUCUUGCCUUUUCAUGCAAGUAAAGUACAAUUUGGGGUGUUUUUAAAAUAACUGUGAAACACUUAUGUUUGACUUUUUA